GGCUGUACCAGAUAUUGAGUUUAUUCACCUUGAUGUCCAUUUCAGCCAGGUUGAAAUGAAGAUGUUAGCUUUUUGUCUUGAUGCUUCAUCUGCUCCAACUGAUGAGCGGUUUCCACUGUUCUGAUCUAUUCAAGAACCAUUUAUUUUGUUAUUAUUACAACUUCAUAUAAUGCACUAACAUGUUAACUUAUGAACGAGUAAUGCAGCAGGGAACCACAUAAAAUGUUUGAUUGGCCUAGACCUUCUAAGCGUCACUAGUGGAGUUUCCAGGCUGUUGCGCCCUAAUUUUACUGCCUCACCCCAGAACCUACCCCUUCCCAGUGGGACCGUGUAAUAGAACUUUUUUUCCCCCGUCAAAUUCCGGAUGAGUUUGAGGCCUCUGGCGCCUUUUUUGAAUACUUUUUGUUGUGCCCCAGGUUCUAUUUGCUUGGUUCCAUAAUCAAUCCCAAAUCCAUCCAUUUGAGGGAGGUCUCAUAUCAAUUAAUGCCAUCUUUGAGCACAUUUCAGUUGUGGUUAAACUAAGCAGAAAGCCAUUUCUGGUUCUACAUCCAGUACAGAAAUGAAUGAUGCUGAAAUUAAGGAGGAAAAAUCCGAGACAUAUAGUACUAACAUGACUGAAGCUAUGGGCGCUGUCUUGACCUAUAGGCAUGAACUAGGAAUGAACUUCAACUUCAUUCGUCCAGACUUGAUUGUAGGUUCGUGUCUACAGACCCCGGAUGACGUUGACAAACUUCGUGGUAUUGGAGUGAAAACUAUUUUUUGCUUGCAACAAGACCCAGAUCUUGAAUAUUUUGGGGUUGACAUCACUGCCAUACGCAAAUAUGCCACCAUAUAUGAUGACAUUCAACACUUGCGUGCUGAAAUAAGAGACUUUGACUCAUUCGAUUUGCGGAUGCGGCUUCCAGCUGUGGUGAGCAAACUGCACAAGGCUGUUAAUCGAAAUGGGGGAAUAACUUAUGUGCAUUGUACGGCUGGAAUGGGAAGAGCUCCUGCAGCUGCACUUACAUACAUGUUCUGGGUUCAAGGCUAUAAACUCAACGAAGCCUGUGAUUUGCUACUGAGUAAGCGCUCAUGCUUCCCAAAACUGGAUGCUAUAAAAAGUGCAACUGCUGAUAUUCUUACAGGCCUGAAAAAGAAGCUUGUCACUUUCACAUGGAAAGAUGGCAAUUGUUCAACAGUGGAAAUCUCUGGCCUUGAUAUUGGAUGGGGUCCGAGAAUGCCUUUACAGUUUGAUAAGGAACAAGGUUUGUGGAUUCUUAAGAGGGAAUUGCCUGUAGGACACUACGAGUACAAGUACAUCGUGAAUGGUGAAUGGAUGUGCAAUAGACAUGAACUUGUAACUUCUCCCAAUAAAGAUGGCCAUGUCAACAACUAUGUUGCAGUUUUGGAGGAUGAUCCAAAUAGCAUUAAUGCAGUUCUGCGGGAGAGGUUGACGGGUGAUGAUCCUGCUCUGACAAAGGACGAACGGCUCAAAAUAAGACAGUUCCUCGAAGGUUGUUCGGAUGAUGAAUGAAUUACAAGUGAUACUACGUUGUAUGUAAAAUUACUAACGGUGUAAUGAUACCCAGUACCCACUUGUAUCCUUCAAAUGAAUUUUAUAGUUUUAAUAAAUAAUAAAAGCACGGGUAUACAAGCUUUAUAUA